AUGCGGGCGCUCCCGAAGGCGCCGCGGGGGUUUGGCGACAGGGCGGGCGGACGGCGGGCGUCCCGCCGGCGGGGACGUGGGCCCGGCACAGACCCGUCGAGGAGGGCCGGGGGCGAGGGGCAAACGCCCCGCCGAGGUGGGAGCCCGGCACCUCUGGCCCUUGGCUCGGCCGGCUUCGGAGGCAGCUUCGUGCCUUCACCCGGCGAGGGCAGGCUCCGGAGGGCCGGGGCGGACGGCGCUGGUGCCGGUGGCCUCCGCGGGCCUUCCCCCGCGGUUGCCCUGGGCCGAGCGGAAGGGCCGCCCCGGUGGCCCGUGGCGGUCAGUGAGGAGCCCCUCGCCCCCGGCCCUCCUCGACGGGUCUGUGCCGGGGCCCCGCGGGGCGAGGCGGGCUCGGGCAGGCCCCGCUGUCCGCUCAGCGCGGAGGGCGGAACGGAAGCGCGGGGCCCGGGCGGCGGGCGGAGGGGCGGCGGGCGGACCGGGCAGGGGAGGCCUUCACCCGGCGCACGGCGGCAGGGCCUUUCCCUCCUUCACGCCUCGGCCUCGGCGGUUGCCUCCGGCCCGGCCCGGCGGAGCUGGAGCCCCGGGGCCCACACGCUGUUCCGUGACCGGGGGUCCGGUUUCCUCCCCGCGGCGGCGCGGAGCCUGCCCGGCAUGGAGCGGGCUCCCCAAGGCACGUUCCAGGAGGAGCUGGAGUGGUGCAUUUCACAGCUGGAGGCAAAUCUUCGCCUCAGCCCAGCCCCGAAACAAGCAGAGGAGACACAGCGCAUUCUCAACGUCCUGCGCUCCCAUGAGACUCCUUUUGUGAAGAAGCGACAGGUGAUGAACCACGUGUUUGGGGAUUAUCGUCCCAAAAUGGCUGAGGAUCAGAAGAGCACGGAGAAGGCAGACAUGAAACCUGGUGACGUGAAAGGACAGCAGAGCAAUGGGCAGGCUCCAGAUGGUGUGGUGUAUGGGAAACAAUCUGACCAAAUCUCCGAGGCAAAGCCAAAGCGGUUCAUGUCAUCUGACAACAGCUUCCCAUUUGAUUUUACACUUUCUGAGGUUGACCCAGCAGCAACUGGCACAUCUUUGGAAGCGGCGUCUGGUGUCAGUGGCGUUGAGCAGAUACAAACCGACGUAAAAGCCACCGAGCAGGAGAACUGGAAUGGAGCCUUGAGUUUUGCUGCCUCUGGACAAGAACCCAAGCUUGCUUUCAACUUUCCCGUCCCAGAUGAAGGCUGUCUUCUGGUUCCAUCAGUUCCCGCAAGCCAACACGUAGAACGUACAGCAGAUCAUGAAGUGCUGGGUAAUUCACUGCCUGCUGAAUCAGCAGGCGUCCCGCAGGUUUCAGCUUUGCAGAAGCCUGAGUUGAUUCAAACUGCAGGUAGUACACCCAAAGAGGAUAAAAACCAUGUCACGUUAACGAUCCCCCAACCAGAGACUGCCCCUGGAGAUGAGACAGGGACAGAGAAUUUAACAGCAGAUGGAGCUGCCCAGAAGAAGAAAAAGAAGAAGAAACAAAAAACAUCUGUCAGUAAAAAGGAGACAGAGGAAACUGAGAUCAACAGGAAGGCAAAGCCAGAAGCCAACGGAUGUCAGAAUAAAGAUAAUCACCACCAGGAUGAGACCUCUCAGCAGUCAGAUGACCAGCUGUGGAAAGAGGUGGACUGGUGUGUGGAACAGCUGGAACUUGGCCUGAAGACGCAGAAAGCCACUCCAAAGCAGGCCGAGGAGGCUCGCCGUGCGAUCAAGACGCUGCGCAAUGAGAAGGCUCCACUGGUGAAGAAACGUCAGCUCAUGAGAGCCAUGUUUGGAGACUACAGGAAGAAGAUGGAGGAGGAGUGGUGCAAAGAGCUGAAGCUCAUGGAAACAGCUGUGAAAUCUGCCAGGGUUGUGGAAGUGAAGGGAAACAUCCGCAACAAGAACUGCCAGUUCAUCCGGAAGUGCUCAGCAGCUUCCAGGAAAAGCCAAGGUUCAGCAGGAUCUCCUUCAGAGUCACCCAGGACGCUUAACACAGACUCGUUCAAAUUCACAACUUCCCAAGAAGAGUUUCGCUUUAAUUUCUUCUAGGAAAGUCUUUUAGGCUAAAACUGUGGCUAAAAACUGCCAAAUCUCCUGUAAACUUAAGAGCAGUGAAAGGAUGCUGUGCAGUAGAAAAUGUUAUGCAAGAACCUCUCUGUAUUUCCUAAAGAAAGGAUCCUCUUUCAGAGUGCCUUAUCUAGACGUUUAAAACAGGUCUGUCGACUACGCGUAUGACCCCCAGACUCAGCCUCCAUAGUACUCCUCUGCCCUCGCACUGUAGAAAGGCACCUUUGCAAAAGACCAGCACAGAGUCUGGAAGGACCUGUUUUUCUUCCUGUAGAAUUGACAUUAACCAAAGAAUCUGUCUUUUCUACUGGGAGAUUCUCCCUUUUAUCUAUUGCUUUUAAAUAGAGCAGACCUCUUAUAGCAGACAAAGCAGCGAUGCAUGCAGAAGGGAAUGGUUUGUAAUGAAGAUCCAGCUUCUGUGAAGGUCCCUCGGUGUAAGCAUAAUGGAUAGUUGAAUGCUUCCAUUCCAUGUAAGUCUGUGUGAACGCAGCUUCUGGUAUCCAGAAAGGACUGGGCAGCGUGUGUCAUCACUGCCAUCUAGAGAGUACGAGCUCAGGAUCUUGGAGGAAAGUGGGCGAUAAUCAUCGGUGCUCGUUCAUCUCUCUGAUUGACAGGUAUAGACAUAGAAGAGAACUGUAAGUGCUGAUUGAAUCUAGCCUAGGGAUGUAAGCACAGUUGUUUUCAGACAGGGAAGCAUUUUUGUUGCUGAAGCCAGGUUCUGGCCAGCUAGGAAUGAUGUACAAUCCGUUCUUAAAAAAAGAAGUCUAUAAAGUAGCCCUGUUACAACCACCAGUGGCGCAGAGGAUAAAUCAGCUGCAUGCCGAUCCUCGGGCGGCAGUGAAAUCAACUGAGAGCCCAGCCUCCCUUGCAUUUGAUUUGUAUUAAAUUUUUGCUUUCUGAACAGUUGAAUGCGUGUCUCCAGUGGUUCGAUAACUGCAUCGGCCACUGAGUCCAUCUCCUGCGUCCGUGCAGAAAACCUCCCCACUGAGCCUAAAAAAGCUGAAGGUAUACAAGCCCUUUAAAAGGAAACAUGGUAUCAGGUCUCCCUAGUGUGCAGUGCUUUCCUUCCUUUUUAUAGUCCAGUCAGUCAUCCUGGAUGAGAAGAGAGAAACGGGAGUGUAGGCAGAUUCGAGGGUGUACUGAGAGCAGCUGAGAGAUGGUGGGAAACAUUUGCUGGGAAAGACUUCACAAAAACUGAUGUUGGCUACAAAAAAAAUUUAUGACUAAGCUCUGAUGCAGUCGGUUGCAUCUGCGAGGUAAAUAUUUUAAAGAAUUCCUGUCUAGGCAUAGGGAGAAAGCGAACCUGGGUAACGUAUCUGAUGAGGAGAAAUAUGUAGACUUUAAGUCUUCUGGGAAUCAAUAGGUUAAAACUGGAAAUCAAUAGGUUAGCAGAUUAUUAUUUUACUUGCCAGGGAGCACUGCUGUUACUUUGACUGUAUGGAGCAACACUAUACAGUAUUUUUUGGAUUUCCAGGAUUUUAUACUAAAAGUACAAAAGCCACAUCAUUGUCAAACUUUACUAAGAUUAAAGAGCAUCCUAUACAUGA